GGGAAGUAAUAAAAGAAAGUCCCCCAUGAUGGCAUUAAUGCGAUUGUUUCCCCUCGUCCUGCUCCUCGCCUGUAUCCAUGGCGCCCCCCUCCUGUUGGGUAAAUUUUCUUACCCCCACGCGGCGUUCUCCGCCCUCUACCCCCGGGCCGGCAACUCUGGAUACGACCUGCUCCUCACCAGCUUUGGCGCCCUAACCAGUGAUGUCAGCACGGUGGCCGAUGUCGGGAAUCUCCUGGGUGACGUCACCAAGAUCAAGCCGGUGUCGUUCUCACACGCCUUAAAAUGGCCCAACGAGAUCUCGGGUGUCCCGAGUAAGACAACACCGCCCCCGUUAUUGUUUACAUUGAAUAUCACCUGUCAUUGUUUUCGUUGAACAUAACCUGCUAUUGUUUACGUUGAACAUCACCUGCUAUUGUUUACGUUGAACAUCACCUGCUAUUGUUUACGUUGAACAUCACCUGCUAUUGUUUACGUUGCACAUAACCUGCUAUUGUUUACGUUGAACAUCACCUGCUAUUGUUUACGUUGAAUAUCACCUGCUAUUGUUUACGUUGAACAUCACCUGCUAUUGUUUACGUUGAAUAUCACCUGCUAUUGUUUACAUUGAACAUCACAUGCUAUUGUUUACGUUGAACAUUCCCUGUUAUUGCCUUCUCAGCGAUAUAUAUAACCCAAUCAAUUUAAAUAUCCAUAUGUCAAAAUAUUGCGGAUGACAUUCAUUGGCAGCACUAACCCAAUCAUUUCAAAUUAUUCCAGUUAGAGCCUUGAACAGCCGUUACGUAGCGAUCCCCGACGGGUUCCUGGUUCCCACCAAGACGGAUGGGUCAAUCCAGCUGUACAACUUGGACGCCCCGCACCCCACGCUGUCCACCAUCUCGAGUGGGAGUGGAAGCUGGUUCUACCACCGCGUGUUGUGGGUGGACAUGAACAAGGACGGCACGCUGGACGCUCUGACGUGUCGGGCUAACAAACCCGUGAUUGGUAAGUUGGAGAACAAACCCAUGUUGGUAAGUCGGAGAACAAACCCGUGAUUAGUAAGUUGGAGAACAAACCGACAAUUGAUAAGUGGGAGAACAAACCCGUGAUUGGAAAGUGGGAGAACAAACCCAUGAUUGGUAAGUGGGAGAACAAACCUGUGAUUGGAAAGUGGGAGAACAAACCCGUGAUUGGAAAGUGGGAGAACAAACCCAUGAUUGGUAAGUGGGAGAGCAAACCCAUGAUUGAUAAGUGGGAGAACAAACCCAUGUUGGUAAGUUGGAGAACAAACCCAUGAUUGAUAAGUGGGAGAACAAACCCAUGAUUGGAAAGUGGGAGAGCAAACCCACAAUUGGUAAGUGGGAGAGCAAACCCAUGAUUGGUAAGUGGGAGAACAAACCCACGAUUGGUAAGUGGGAGAACAAACCCACGAUUGGUAAGUGGGAGAGCAAACCCAUGAUUGGUAAGUUGCUGGUAUCGAGUUGAAGUUUUGGGCUAACAAGCCCAUGACUGAUAAUUUGGAACAUCACAUUGAACCCGGGCAAACUGUGUUGAGCACAAUCGAGUAUGGAGAAAGUAAAACAAACACACAAGGAAGGAGAAAAUAAUGCAACCGUUUUUAUUACUAACGGUACAGCUAAUUACUUGCACUUCCAGUAUGUCUCUUUAGUUACGCUACGGCUCCUUACUUCUGGCACGGCUCCUUACUUCUGGUACGGGUCUUUACUUGCUGCAUGGCUCUUCUCUCCUCCUUUAAAACGAAUGGUGGAAACAGACGUUACAACAGCAGGUCUAGAGUCCAAACUAGAACAGCACUGUACAACAGCAGAUGUCUUCCACAGGAGCAGCCAGGGGAGAGCUGGUGUGGUUCACUAACCCACCUGGUCACUCGGUGGCCACGCCCUGGCAUGAGAACAUCAUUGCAGCCGGGCCGGACAUCUUCUUCACCGUGACCACCUUCAAGGUCGGCACCAGGAGCUACGAGGCUAUCGUUGUGGCCGAGUUCUUCAACCCCAAGGUUAGCGUAUACUGGACGGAGAAUGCGCGACAGGACUGGUCGGACAAAGCUUCGGUAAGUGAAUCUCACGUGAUCGGCUGCUGGUCACCUCGGCUCGAUGUUUAUUGAACAAUUUCUUUGGUUGGCACAGUUUUGCCUACUGCUGCUUAAUGAUCACUAACAUCAUGACCUACUAAAAUUAUGAACCACUAAAGUUAAUAACCACUUUCAUUAUGACCCACUAAAAUUAUGACCCAUUAAAAUUAUGGCCCACUAAAAUUAUGGUCACUAACAUUAUGGCCCACUAAAAUUAUGACCAACUAAAAUUAUGGCCACUAACAUUAUGGCCCACUAAAAUUAUGACCAACUAAAAUUAUGGCCACUAACAUUAUGGACCACUAAAAUUAUGACCAACUAAAAUUAUGGCCACUAACAUUAUGGACCACUAAAAUUAUGACCCACUAAAAUUAUGACCACUAACAUUAUGGACCACUAAAAUUAUGACCCACUAAAAUUAUGGCCACUAACAUUAUGGCCACUAACAUUAUGGCCCACUAAAAUUAUGACCAACUAAAAUUAUGGCCACUAACAUUAUGGCCCACUAAAAUUAUGACCAACUAAAAUUAUGACCACUAACAUUAUGGACCACUAAAAUUAUGACCAACUAAAAUUAUGACCAACUAAAAUUAUGACCACUAACAUUAUGGACCACUAAAAUUAUGACCAACUAAAAUUAUGACCACUAACAUUAUGGACCACUAAAAUUAUGACCCACUAAAAUUAUGACCACUAACAUUAUGGACCACUAACAUUAUGGACCACAAAAAUUAUGACCAACUAAAAUUAUGACCACUAAAAUUAUGACCCACUAAAAUUAUGACCAACUAAAUUAUGACCACUAACAUUAUGAUCCACUAAAAUUAUGACCAACUAAAUUAUGGCCACUAACAUUAUGACCCACUAAAAUUAUGACCAACUAAAAUUAUGACCCACUAAAAUUAUGACCAACUAAAAUUAUGACCACUAACAUUAUGACCCACUAAAUUUAUGACCAACUAAAAUUAUGGCCACUAACAUUAUGGACCACUAAAAUUAUGACCAACUAAAAUUAUGGCCACUAACAUUAUGAACCACUAAAAUUAUGACCACUAACAUUAUGGACCACUAAAAUUAUGACCAACUAAAUUAUGACCACUCAUUAAGAGUUGCAAUCGACCCGGGAGGGGGGGGGGACUUUUUUAAAUUAUAAAAUAUUUUUUAUUUAAAAUGUUGAUGUUUUAUUAUUUUUUAAGGGGUGGGGGGGUCAUCAUUUUUGUUGCACUUGAUCUACAUUAUAUUGAUCGAUUUGUAAUUAUCCGUGUGCAGUUUGAUUCAACGCUGGUUAUGUUUAAUUUACCCUUUGCUAAUGGUGGGGUUUUUUUACGGGGGGGGGGAACCCUGGACAGUUACAUAACUUUUGUUUUCGAGGAUUUCUUCGUGACUCGAGGAUUUCUUCGUGACUCGUUCUUUCUGCUGUGGUGGCCUAGAGGCUAAUAUGACUCUUGUAGUAUUCCCUCACAGCAGGGGUGCCCAACCCUUUCUCAUUGACGUGCCCUGUGUGGUUUUAGGUGAGGAGCUUGGUGGUGGACAGCACAGCAGGCAAACCUUUUGAUGUGCUGGUCGCUGACAUCAAUGGCGACCACAAGCUGGACAUCCUAGUGACCACCAACAGUGACCACAAUGGUACAGUUGUGGUCUACGAGGUGCCCACUGAUUUCAGGUACAGACACGUCGUUCAUACAUGUUGGGGUAGGGUGGGGUGGGGUGGAUUAUUACUUGUUUUUCAACUGGAGGAGGGGAGAUCUUCAUUAAGUUUAUAUUUGUCUCUCUUGUGUCGGUGUUCAAGUCUUAAUGUUUGGGUGUUCAAUUCUUAAUUUUUCGGUGUUUUAGUGACAGAGAACUUUCUAUGAACCCUAAUUUAAUUGCAAGUCCUUUUAAGUUCGUAUAAUAGGCUAUCAGUAAAUGGCACACAAGAGUCACAGGAAGAAAUGUGAUAGGAAGAGAAUAAAAAAAAUAUGAAAAUCAGACGCAUUUAUAUAAAUAUAUGAUGAGUAUGACAGAAAUACAUGAAGAGAUGAGUCAAUAAAACAUAGUAAAAAAAUUAUGUUUAUUUUGUAUUUUGUGAUACCAGUCUUAUUAUCAUUAAAUUAAAAUCACUGUGCAAUGCCCAUUGCGUUUCCUUUGAUUCAUUUUCUACGUGAGAUGUGUCGGGAGAGAUCAGACGCAUAUUCUGCGAUACACACUAUUCGAUUGGACAGGGGACUGGUGACACUGGUAUAGGAUAUUGGAUAAGUGACACUGGUAUCUGUAUAGGACAUGGGACAACCAGGCCCUCUCUUUACACACCCUGUCUCUGGGCUGAUUGUAUACUGUCCAUUCUCUAGGUCCGGUCAUUACACACGUCAUCUCUUGGCUGAUGGUUACGCUGUCCACUCUCUGGGGCUAAACAAGGGCGGUCCAGGAUCUCCAUACCUCUUACCUGGCACUACAAGGUAAGUCCUGUCACUGCAAGGUAAGUCCUGUCACUGCAAGGUAAGUCCUGGCACUACAAGGUAAGUCAUGUCACUGCAAGGUAAGUCCUGGCACUACAAGGUAAGUCAUGUCACUGCAAGGUAAGUCAUGUCACUACAAGGUAAGUUAUGUCACUACAAGGUAAGUCAUGUCACUGCAAGCUAAGUCAUGUCACUACAAGGUAAGUCAUGUCACUACACGGUAAACAUUCUGUCAUUUCAAGGAAAUUGCACCGUAACUAAAAGAUAAAUGUCCAAUUCUAUUGCUACAAGGUAGUUUCCCUGUCUUGUCACAUGGUAAAUAUACUGUCACUACAAGGUAAUUCAUGUCACUACAGGGUAAAAUUCCUGUCACUUUAAGGCAAGUCAUGGCCAUGGAAGGUAAAUGUCCUGUCACUACAAGGUAAAUAUCCUGCCAACCACACAGAGGUCAUACAAUUAAUGGUCUCCAAACAAACUGGUUUUAUAUUGAUUUGUUUUUAGUACAAACUGUUUGAUAUUGAUGACCACACAGGCCGCUAUGUGUUGAAAAUCUGAAUGACGUGGAGGAGUAGACAGAAGGUCAAGUGUAUGGAUGACAAAUAGAUUGGUGUAGGACUUAUAGAUUGUUGGAAUGCCUUUGUGUUGGUGAGUGGCAAGUGGAUUGGUGAGAACUUGUGGAUUGGUGAGAAGUUGUGGAUUGGUGAGAACUUGUGGAUUGGUGAGAACUUGAGGAUUGGUGAGAACUUGUGGAUUGGUGAGAACUUGUAACUCGGUAAAGGACCUCUGGGGAUAAGGAAGAACGUUUAUCUUAUCAUUCUAAUUUGUUUGCAUCGGUAUCAAUUCAAAAAAAAAAAAUCAUCUUUUUGCAGUACCGGAAGGAAACCUUCCAUCUUUAUUGCUGGGGAUGACUCUGCAGUGGUCUCCCUUCUGGUGCCCACGUCCCCCACAGACCCCCAUAGCUGGGUCUACACGCGCAAUGAUUUCCUCACAACAGGAACAAGUACAGUUGGCGGUUUAAGUUUCGCGGAUGUUGACGGCGACGGUCAUGUGGAGUUAUUUGCCCCGUCCUAUGACGAGGGACAUGUCUACGUUUACCGUUUGUAAAUCUUUGGUUUACAACAUGUAAAUCUUUGGUUUACCGCCUGUAAAUCUUGGCCACAAAUAAAAAUGAAAUUAUUUUAGGUCA